UAGCCUGUGUAAAUUUGUUAUGGUGAUAAAAGUCGGCAUAAAUGGAUUUGGUCGAAUUGGAAGAGUUAUAUUCAGAAAAUGUCUUCAAAUACCUGAUAUUAAAGUUACUGCAAUCAACGACCCGGCCAUUGAUAUCGAAUAUAUUUGUUAUUUAAUUAAAUUUGAUUCUACGCAUGGCAAACUAGGAGCAAACAUAUCAUUUACUGAAACUGAGGUUAAUAUUGACGGAACGAAAAUUAAAAUACUUCACGAGAAAUUCCCUGUAAAUAUUCCUUGGGCAAGCGUCGAGGUUCAGUAUGUUAUUGAGGCUUCUGGAAUGUUCACAAGUGUGGAAAAAGCUUCGGGUCACUUAAGCACUGGAGUCAAGCGCGUCGUAGUGACUGCACCAAGUCUUGAUGUUCCUAUGCUCAUAGUAGGAGUAAACGAACACAUGAUUAGUAUCGCAUUGGCGGGACCAUAGAAGUAUUCAUCAAAAUAUAAUUCCCGCCGCCACCGGUGCAUGUAAAGCACUCCAUAAAAUAAUACCACAGAUUAAAGAUAAAUUGUCUGGUCUUGCUU